CGAACCAUCGCCAUAGGCAAACCUCUCUCUCUCUAAUUAAAUUAACAUAUCAUUUUAGCAAAGGAAGGAAGAAGAACUUUGAUUGCUUCCUUUCCUCUUCAAGUUCCCUUCCCCACCGAGUCAUGGCCGAGUUGACUCAGUCCGACGUCGUUUACUCGCCUCGCUCCCUCCAAGUGUGGAAGACUUUCAUGAACUGCCUCGCCUUCUUCUACCAGAUCUUCCUCCAGAUCCUCCGCGCCGUCGGUUACCAUCCUCUCCUCUCUUCCUCCUCCUCUAAAGCCGCCGCCGAUGGCUUUAAACCCUUGCCAUCCAUCGAGUUGCCGGAAUCUCCCACCACCGUGGAAAUCGCCACCGGAGACCGGUUCCAGAGACUAAAGGUAGUUCUUGACUUGGAUGAGACGUUAGUGUGUGCGUACGAGACCUCUAGUCUACCUGCUGCUUUACGCAAUCAAGCCAUUGAGGCUGGAUUAAACUGGUUCGAGCUUGAGUGUUUGUCAUCUGACAAGAAGGAAAGCGACGGUAAAUCUAAGAUCAAUUACGUGACGGUGUUUGAGCGUCCAGGGUUGCACGAGUUCUUGGAGAAACUCAGCCAGUUUGCUGAUCUUGUUCUGUUUACUGCUGGUCUUGAAGGUUAUGCGAGACCGCUUGUGGAUAGAAUAGAUACAAGGAAAGUGCUUAGCAACCGGCUUUAUCGACCUUCAACAGUCAGCACGCCAUACCGAGAUCACGUGAAGGAUCUGUUAACCACAUCAAAGAACAUGUCUAGGACUGUAAUCGUUGACAACAAUCCUUUCAGUUUUCUGUUGCAACCAUCAAAUGGGAUUCCAUGUAUUGCAUUCUCUGCCGGGCAGCCUAAUGACACUCAGCUUUUGGACGUUAUUCUACCACUUCUGAAGCAACUUUCAGAGGAAGAAGAUGUAAGACCGACACUUUAUGAUAGGUUCCGCAUGCCUGAAUGGUUUGAGAAGCAAGGCAUACCACCUUCUUGCUGGAAUCCUUAACCGGUUUAAGCAGAAACUAAUGGUGAAAAAAAGGAAAUAUAUCUUUGGUCCACACAAAAAAAGGCAAAGGACUUGUUUGGUACAGUAGUUUCAGCAAUGAAAAAAAAAUGUGAGAAGGGCACAUAAACUACCAUUCCUAGUGUUUAUAAUCUUUGGUAGAUUCCUUUUUAAAAGAUAAAAAUCUGUUACACAUUCUUGAUUUCAUGUAAUUCUCUAGCUUUCUCUGUAAUUUUGUUAAUGAUCAAGUAUUAUUUUUUUCCUUUUCCGGUUUGGUUUGGAUAUACCUGGUUAUGGUCUAAACUAAAGUAUAGACUAUGGUUUGGUA